AUGGUCGGCAGCAAGCUCAUCAUCUACGGCGGCUCCGACGGCGGCGAGUGCUUCAACGACGUCUGGGUCUACGACGUCGACGCCCAGGCCUGGCGCCUCGUCGACAUACCCGUCACCUACCGCCGCCUGUCCCACACGGCCACCCUCGUCGGCUCCUACCUCUUCAUCAUUGGCGGCCACGACGGCAACGAGUACGCCAACGACGUGCUGCUCCUCAACCUCGUCACCAUGUCCUGGGACCGCCGCCGCGUCUACGGCCUGCCGCCGAGCGGCCGCGGCUACCACGGCACCGUCCUCUACGACAGUCGCCUCUUCACCAUUGGGGGCUUCGACGGCAGCGAGGUCUUUGGCGACGUCUGGAUCCUGGAGCUGGCGGUGCAUGCGUAUUACUCGCAGAUCAGCCACUUUACCAUUGAGGUGUAG